GGGCGCUAAAGGUGGGAUGUUUCAUAACAAUAACAAGGGCGUAGGUUAGCUUACUUUGUAUUUAUCAAAAAUUUAUCUGCCUGGCUCUAGACUGGGCUCUGGGUCAUCCUUUUGUUGCCUGGCUGUAACGUUUUGCCAUAAAAAACAUCGACAUGAUGUUGGUGAGACCUGGCAUAAACAAAUGCAUCACAAUCAGUGGAUUUGGUGGACGGGCUUUGACAAAAGAAACCAAAAAGUGUUUUUCUUUGAAUUCCUGCCAUUUCAAAGUAAGCGCAUGUCCAGUAUAUGGGGAAGACCACAGAGAAAUCCAGAAUACACUGAAGAAGAUUAUAGAUCAAGAUAUCAACCCACAUGUUGACCAGUGGGAAGCUGAUGGAGCAUUUCCUGCUAAGGAAGUUUUUAAGAAGCUUGGCAAUGCUGGGCUACUGGGAAUAACUAAACCAACUGAGUAUGGCGGCUCUGCUCUGGACUUCUCCUACAGCGUGGCUGCCAACGAGCAGCUCGGAGCGGUGCACUGCGGAGCCGUGCCGAUGGCCAUUGCUGUCCAGACGGACAUGUCGACUCCGGCGCUGGCCAGGGCGGGCAAUGACCGCCUGAAGAGGGAGUUUCUGGCGCCGUCCAUCGCCGGUGAUCUGGUGUCUUGUCUGGGUGUCAGCGAGCCGGGCGCCGGCUCCGACGUGGCUUCCAUCAAGACGCGAGCCGAGCGGAAGGGAGACGACCUGAUCAUCAACGGCCAGAAGAUGUGGAUCACAAACGGCUGUCAGGCUGACUGGAUCUGCCUGCUGGCAAACACUAGCGCCGGGCCUCCGCACCGCAGCAAGUCGCUCAUGUGCGUGCCCAUGGACACCAAAGUUGUAAUGUCAUCCAGUUUGCUCUCUCUACGCGGAUUUUGGAACCUGGGUAUGACGAAGUCUAUCCCCUGUGGCUCACCAGGCAUCACCAUCGCCAAGCGUAUCGACAAGAUGGGCAUGCGCAGCUCGGACACGGCGCAAAUCUUCUUCGAGGAUGUGCGGGUUCCUGCCGACAGCAUUAUCGGCGAGGAAGGCAUGGGCUUCACCUACCAAAUGCAACAAUUCCAGGAGGAGCGUAUGGCCGGUAUCGCGCUGAGCCUGGCGCCGAUGGACCUCAUCAUCAACCAGACGAUCGAGUACGCGCGCCAGCGGCAGGCGUUCGGCCGCUCCAUCCUGGACAACCAGGUGGUCCACUUCACACUGGCCGAACUGCAGACGGAGGUGGAGCUGCUGCGGUCGCUGCUCUACCGCGCCGUCGAGUCGUACGUGGCCGGCCAGGACGUCACUGAGCUGGUCUCCAUGGGCAAACUGAAGUCGGGCCGUCUGGUGCGUGAGGUCUCCGACAAGUGUCUGCAGUUCUGGGGCGGAAUGGGAUUCACAAACGAGGUGCUGGUGAGUCGGAUGUAUCGCGACCUGCGUCUUCUCUCGAUCGGAGCUGGCGCAGACGAAGUCAUGCUCGGCAUCAUCUGCAAGUUCAUGGGCACGCUGCCAGCGCCGGCCCGGUAGGUGGCCGCAGCCGGCACUAUCAGUUCCCGCUCAGACCGUUAGGUGGCAGGCCAGCCAGGCCAGCCCCUCGCUAUAUCGUGGGCUGAAAAGCAGCGGAUGUGAACGGAAAAUGCAUCUCGCUUGAGGUGCAAUGGGUGCUUUUGGGGUAUUUGGUGUUUUUGCACUGGUACCUGACAAUUAUCAAUGCAAUAUGUGGCCGAUUUUGGUACUGAUAUGCAGAAGAAGUAGCAUAUCGUUGAUGCACCUCGUGGAAAUGUUAUUAGUGUAAGCACGAAUAUGCCGGAACGGACUGAACUAACCUAUUGUUAAACUAAGAGCCUCUAUUUGAUAUGGUUAUACAAUGUGCAUUGCAGAUCGUGAGUAACGUGAAACAUAAAUAUAUUUGUCGUUAUACA